UUGACAGCGUAUUAUAGCGCAUAGUUUAUCAGUGCUAAGAAGGAAGGUCAGUCAGAGAGUGUUGUUGGUAUUUUGAGAACUGACAGCAGCAAUUGACCACGUAUCUUUCCCUUUUUGGUCUCUCAGCAAGUUAGGAUACUAGAGCCGACCAGCAGCACACGGUCCCAGGAGCUCGGUCAACUGCACUGUGGAAUUCGGGGAAUCGUGCUUGUGUUCCUUUUUUCCGUAGCAUAAGCUUAAGUCAUCUCAGAAGGAUAAGGUUCGGCAGUUCAUGGUAUUUACUCAGGCUGGGGAGAGAACUGCUGUAUACUGCCUGACCCAGAAUGACUGGAAACUAGAGACGGCCACGGACAACUACUUCCAAAACCCAGAGCUCUACAACAAAGAAUCCAUGAAAAACGCAGUCGAUCGCAAGAAACUGGAACAGCUCUAUAACCGAUACAAAGAUCCUCAGGAUGAGAAUAAGAUUGGUAUAGAUGGGAUCCAGCAGUUUUGUGACGAUCUUAACCUGGAUCCGGCCAGCGUCAGUGUAUUGGUUGUUGCGUGGAAGUUCAGAGCUGCUACUCAGUGCGAAUUCAGUAAGAGGGAGUUUGUAGAUGGAAUGUCAGAACUUGGCUGCGACAGCCCAGAUAAACUUAAAUCCCAACUACCAAGAUUAGAGCAAGAAUUAAAGGACCCAGGAAAGUUCAAAGACUUCUAUCAGUUUACAUUUAACUUUGCUAAAAACCCUGGACAAAAGGGCCUAGAUUUAGAAAUGGCCAUUGCCUACUGGAAUUUAGUUUUGACGGGAAAGUUUAAAUUUCUAGAUCUCUGGAACAAGUUUUUAUUGGAGCAUCACAAAAGAUCAAUUCCCAAAGACACGUGGAAUCUACUUUUAGACUUUGGAAAUAUUAUUGCAGACGACAUGUCAAACUACGAUGAAGAAGGAGCCUGGCCCGUUCUUAUAGACGACUUUGUGGAAUUUGCACGGCCAAUAGUCAUGGGAGGCAAGCGCAAAACUGUAUCAUUGUAGGCUCUUUUUAUUUUAAAGACUAGAGACUUGAAUCCUGCAGAAGUGCACUGCAAGGAGUGAAGAAAAUCAAAACAUCAUCAAGGAAUGAAGCUGUUGUGGGGCAAACGCCCACGUGCACACCGUUGUUGGGCUGUGCAGUUGUGGCAGGACCUUAAACAACUUCCUGCAGCUUCCACGGGAUAACAGAAUGACGGCUAGCUCACAGACUCUGCAAGAAAAAUUCAGAAGAUAGCUCUGGCUGUACGUAGGGGAAAAAAACUGGCUUCAAGUAUUGUCGUGGUUGUAUGAUGUAGGAUAUAGAUUCUGCAUGUUUUUAUAUUUUGGAACUUCGUAAACUACAGACAUUUUACUAACGAAUGAGAGGACGGGGAAAAAAAAGGCUUGAGGUUCAGAAAGCACACAGCAUGCCAUUCAGUUCAUGACCAGGUGAACACCAGCAGUCACACAUUUACAUUUGUAAUAUAUUGUACUUAUAUAUAAAGAAGAAAAGUAUUUGUGGUGUAAAUUAAAUAAUCAAUGAAAUCUGUAUGUAGUAUGCUCCAUAUCAUUUCUUUUAAAUGCCAGCCUACAGAAUUUGUUGUGGUUAAAUUUACAAAAAUGAGUAAUAAAAAGAUACUCGUAAAAACCAAA